AUGGCUUUCUCGAGCAUCUUCAAGGGAGUUGCCGCCUCCGACGGCAGCGGAAAACAGACCUUUAUGCAAAACACAACCAACUUCUUCUCCACCGUGCAAGCCAAAAGUGACAAUCUGGUGACUACGUUGAAAAAGAAGACAGCAGACGCCGUCCAACAGCUAGGCAGCAGCCAACAGCACCAGCGGGAGGCCCGAGGCGACGGUGGCGACGUCGACGACGACAGUUCUGCCAGCGAAUACGGCGAUGGAGGGGAUCCGGCGAUGUACGCCGACGAGGCACCAUUGGAGCGCAAGCUGUCCUCAGAAAGCAUCGACUCCCUGCCUGAGGAUGAGGCUAACAAAUAUCGAUCAGACAUUCGCCAGUUCGUCAUGGCGAUGCUUACAGAAGAGGGCGCGGAAGUUGUCACGAAAAACGCUGCCAUCUUUGAAGGAUACAUUGAGCAUCACACCGGGCGGUCAGCUUUCGCGAACGAACUUCGUAGACAGACCGAACAGAUCAAGCAAGUGCCAUCUUCCGUUCUGCGCCUGCUGACGUCAUUUUGCAACUGCACGCUUGAAGUCUGCGGAAAAACUGACGACUUCGCGCCUGCCGCGUCCAUCUUGAGUGUGGCAUUCCGCAUCUUUGAACAGAACGUUGAUUCAGCGGGAAAAGUUGUACUCACCUACCUAUACGAGGGUCUGCGAGACCAGGCACUUUGGCAAUCGACGCGUUUCUGGAAUGCAGCCAUCUUCAUUGCCCUCCGGGAGGAAAGAUCCAACCGCCAAGUCGUUCCCAAUGACGGUGCAGCUGAAGACAGUCUGAACGCUGAAGCAGAACUCUACGACAGCAUCGCCUACAAUCAGCUCAGCAAAUUCGCGUGGAGGAUGUACUCCCUUGGUCUCAGCAAAGAGGCCUGUUUGGAUUUUCUUCGAAAGCAAGUGGACGAUACAUCGCUCUCGAAAGAAAAUCAGCGCACUUUACGAGCCAACGUUCUGCGCUUCUACUCCUCGGAGGCGUAG